AUGGCCCCAGUCAAUAAACACCCCACCUUCCAAGUCGGCCGGCGCCGACGCUCCAACGCAGCCGAGAGUACCGCUGCCGACCUGGCCGCGCGUCGUCCACGACGACUUAGUAACGGGUCGCGCCGUCCACCGCCGGGCAUGUUGGAGAAGGCGCUGGAACGGCCGCAGCUCUUGGUUGGGAUUGUGUGUGCCGCUGUGUUUCUUAUCGGCUGCGUCAUCGCCGUGUCCUACGACACAGCCCUCCCGACCUCAGAACUGCACCAUGUACACAACCACGCGCCCCUCCGCGCCGCCUACUUCGCCCAGAAGCGCAACGCGAUCAACGUCAUCUUCGUGAAACGCGCCUGGGCAUGGACAGCCGCCAUCUACCUCCUACACCUCGUCACUUCGCCGGGCACCCCAAACGUGCCCUCCUCCGCUGCGUCCGUCGGCAAAAUUAACCCCGCCCUGCACAGCAACCAUGCCUCCUCGCGCAAGUCGCGUGGGCAGCGCCUUGCUGCCCUAGUCCUCGCCUCACUAGCGUGGAUUCUCUUUACGGCGUGGUGUUUCGGUGCGGGUCUCGGAGAUAGGAUCAUCGCGCUCUCGGGAGGGACCUGCGCCGUCCCCGUCCCGAAGGGAAUUGAUAUUUCGACACUAGAGCACCUCGUCCCCGACGGACACAACAUGAUCAUCCACGCGACAGAGCACGCCCCGGAGCGCGUUUACCUUCCUCUCGGGCAUGAAUUCUGCUGCAACACUCCGCUCGCACCACACACACAUCCGCGCCUUUUUGCCGUCCUUGACGUUCCACUCCAGCGUCCUCGGUGGAGUGGCGGAUUCGACGUCUCGGGACACGGGUUCCUUCUCACACUGGGCGCUGUCGUUCUCGCAGCUGAGAUCGCUCCAAGUUGGCGUGCGGCGCUGGCUGAGCGUCGCGGACAGCGGACGAGGGCGAGAGGGGCCAAGGGGUUGCUUCACACAUUUAGCACGGUGGCUGGAACCGCGCUCAUCGCGCUCUGGGUGUGGAUGCUCUUCAUGACGGCAGUGUACUUCCAUGACUUGGAGGAGAAGCUGGCCGGGUUAAGCCUUGGCCUCGUCGCGGCGACGCUCGUCAACCUCAUGAUCCCCGGUCAGUCGGCCCCCGUCAUCGAGUUCAAGGUGCGCGGUGCGCCGCGGCGGCCGCCCGCAUCACUCGUGGGCCAUGAUGACGACCACUCGCCUGUGUUUAGCGGCUCGAGUUCAGGCGACGACACACACACCCCCCUCUCGCCCACGCCUGUACGAUCUCCGGGUCCCACGGUUGAGCGGCUCGACACAGUGGCCGCGCGAGAGGAGCAGGCGCAGCGCGUGCCCGUGCCUAUUAUCCGCGAGCCGGCUGCGACGAUCCCCGAGGGCAAGCUGCAUCACGAGUAG